AUGAACUCCUAUGGAUUGGCAAAUUCUUUUCAAGAAUUAAUAGACUCUUCUCAAGAAACAUUAUGUGAUAAAACAUAUAAUAAAAUGUGUAAUGAAAUUCAUAAUAGAAUAUAUGAUAAAGUGCAUAAUAAAAUAUAUAAUAAAGUGCAUGAUAAAACAUAUGAUAAAGUGCAUAAAACCUAUAAAAGACAAGAUUUGGUUAAAAUUAAUGGCUUAUUACCUCACAUUAACAAACCAAAAGUUGUUCAAGAAAAGGUAUCGCCAAUUAUAGGAUCGUUAUCACAGAAGCAAUACCAGAAAGGUCAGAAAAAGGAAAGCCCUAGCUGCAAUACUUUCAAUAUACUUGUGUUGGUACAACUUUCAAACAAAUCCAUGCUGUCCAUUAAUGCAUUAAUAGACUCAGAUGCUUCUGCUUGCUUUCAUGACUAUACAUUAGCACAUGAAUACAACCUACCUGUAAAAAGAAAGAAUACAUCACUAUCAGUAGAAGAAUGUAGUGCACACUGUUGGUAUUCAUUCACAAUGCACCUAGCAACCAAUGUCAGUAUAUCAGAAAGAGUCUUUUGGACUCAAAUUUUUCAUGUAGCCUCUGUAAACAGAAAUGAGAAAACAGCUACACUGACACUUUCAAUAAAAUAUAAUAACUUUAGUAAUGUAUUAGAUGAAAAAGAGGCAGAUAGAUUAUCAGAGCAUAGGCCUUAUGACUGUGCAAUAGACUUAGCACCAGGGAAACAGCUUCUGUGA